UAGUUGUUUUUCAUGUUCAAAUGAAUCAAACAUUUGAUUGGGUUUAGCAUCACACUCAUUCUCCUCAUCUAACUUUCUAAUUGCCUGAAGAGCAAAUGUCAGCUCUGCUUGCAGAUCCAGUGUUGCUUGCAGAUUUUAUGACAUUUAAACCCAUCCAGUUAACCUAAUAGCUCCUCAAUUAUCUGCAGUACAAUCCUCACAAAUCCAUUUCUGAACACACUGCUGUCUCCUGUGUCUUCAUAUUUGCAGUUACAACCAACUGCACGGGAUUGAUCGUCUUGAGGGAGGUGAUACUAAUAAUGCUUUCUGAGCACAUAUUCAUCAUGCGGCUCAAUGAUGAGGAAGAGUAAUUAGUCCCAUUAUAUCAUCCCCAUAACUGCCUGCCUUUAUCCAGCUAUAGGCUUAACAUGGCAGUAUGUUGUUGAUGGACCUUUUUGAACCACUACGAAGGGAAUCAGAAGCUUAACCAUCCGCAUGAGCAUACCUGUGUUCAGCUCAGGUAGGCUAUUUUAAUACUUUUACCCAUCGCUCAAAGCCAGGGACCGAGUUCAGGGAAAGGGCAAAGAAUUAUCUCAGCUGGACAGUGACAUUUUGAUGACCUGCGUGAGUGCUGUCUGCCGUGUAGCCGCUCCAGAGGAAUUUGUUCCAGAACCGGGACACACCAGUAGACACCAGCAGGUUGUACUAUACACUAAAACACACAACUCUGAGCCUGACUGUGUGCAUGGCAUUGAACAAUUAGCAUGAGGGCUGCCAUCUGUGGGCCUCCAUUCAUGGAUGGACGCACCAGGUGCUGUGUCUGAUGGAAGCUCAUGGGCUCAUUAUGCAGACAUUAGCCAGAGGAGAAAAUAAGGGCACACAUUGCCUGACAUGCUUAUAUAAGAUAAUACAAAAGUGCUCAUUCAUGGACUGAUGCACUUUUUUAGGGGCCUUGGGGAUUGCUGAGCUGUCCUUGUUCGGUCCACCACUUUGGUUAGCACUGAAAUAUCUCUCUGCAACUGUCAGAUGGAUUGCCAUUAAAUUCAGUGAAGUUAUCCAAGAUGUCCACAUCAUGAAUCCUAAUUCCUUUGGCAAGCAUGUCUGAGUUUUCACAUAUUCAAAGAAAUGUCUCAGCGUCUUCUCGAUGUGUUGGCACAAAAUUUGCUGGGCAUUCUUGCUUCCCAAACAAUUUAUCUGGCUAUUUAUCCAACCCAACAUGACAUUCAUGUUUGUGGGUUGGAGGGAAAGGAUUCCAUGGAUUUCCUUGACAGUUGUUCGCUUUAUAUUUUAUAGCAUUUGUGAUUCGAUUUUCUCCCACAUAGUGCUUUAAAUGCUAUAUGGUUUCUCUUUCUGCGUAAAACCCAGUGGGCAUAAUAAGUGUCGGUGGCGCCACGACUUUGCCGCAUUAUUGCCGGAGUUUGAGAUUAUUCAUGAUGCAUGAGUUGGGAGGCAGAAGUGGGUCCUAUUACCAGAGAUGAGAAGAAGGUCAUUGUUGGCUGCUCUCACUGGAGAGAAUUCCCCUCGUCCGCCGAGAGAGACGUUAUCAGCAUAGCUACCUCAUUAUAAGACCUCACUCUGAGCCGAGGACCCCAAGGCCAGGGAGGAUAUUAAAGCUUAGAGAAAACUGCUGACAUGGCAGGAGAGGGCAUUCUCGACAUAAACAGGAAAAAAAAACAUUCACAUCAACUAACUUGGCAGAUUCAAAUGGGUUCAAAUGACUUGACCUCAUUUGUGCAGGGUUAUUGAAAGAGCUGCAGUGGUCAGAAGUUGUUGAUGCAAACGUACUUUAGCUUAAUUAAUAAUCAAUAAGUCCUCAUUCAUUAUUUUCCACUUUGUUUUGACAUCAAGCUACUUUCAAACAGACAGAAAGGGAUGGGAGCUUGCAUCAAAAUUUUGAAAAAGUUGCCAGAUUGUCUACAUUUACUACAUACAAAGACUAAUACACUGCGUUGUGACUGGGUGAUAUGGCUGAAAUAAUGUGGCAAGUGCUAUAUGAUGUCACUGAAAAUGUUUGAUUUAAAGCAACGAAUUUCAUUCCUGUUACUGUUACACAAUGCACCCCACAAACCCUUGCAUACAUGCAAUCCUCAAACCUUAAUAAUAUCUUUAUUAUUUUUUAUUUAUAGGCAGCUUCGUGUGCAAAAUUUUGUAAAACAACAGCACAUAUCCUUUCAGUAUGAUUCCACUAAAAAUGUUACCCUUUCAUGUCAAAGUAUCAGCUGCCCCUACACCUGCAGCCUUCCUUCCUUCUGUUCAGACUGACUUCUUUGUCCCUGUGUGCCAGCUCCUGUAAUCCCCUUAGUCUCACCACCUGCAGCCUUCCUAUUAUGUAAAGACAUGAAGGAGACGUUAUAAGAGCUGACCAGACUGUCCUGCAUCACAUAGCUGAGGAAAGGUUGAAGAGUCGACACGCACACCCGGACAGGCCCCUCUGUCAGUGGGUUUCCCGUCCCCAGGAGUCCAGGGAGUGGAGCUUCACAGAAAGAGACAGAGAGCCAAGUGUUAACUGGCCUUGAACUCAUCUGAUUUAGCAGGAAGACCAUUGUGGAAGGCUCCAGAAUGAUUUUCAGACUCCCAAGACUGACUCCUGGCUACAUCAGGCUGCUGCAGACCCAGGCCUACCACAAUGUGUCUGUGACGCCUCCAGCUGAGAAGUCCGUGCCUGGUGUGGCCAUGCUGCUGGGGGCCGUGGGGAUCGGGAUGUGCGGCUACAGCUCCAGGCAGUUGGCCCUCUACCACCGGCCCUCCGCCCGUGUGCUGCAGUGGGUUGGCACCCACACUGAUGCCGGCACAGUGGCCCUUAGGACCCCUGUCCCAGAUGUAGCUCGCCGGGCUGGUACCAACCAGGAGAUCCCACCUCUCUCCUUUGUUGGCGAGAAAGUUCCAUCAAAGUAAACCGGUGAUGAUAGCUUGGAUUUAGAGUAGCCAGCAUCACAGGUUGAAUUUCAGUAACUACACUUAUGCUUGUCUAAGAUUGUAGCUAUGCUGGCCCGUCGCACUAAUGUGGCCCAUGUGCUCUCUAAAGACACGAGUGUGGAUAUCUGACUGAACCUGCAUGCUGGCAGACAACUGGAAAAGAUAUCUUGUAGUGACAUGGAAAUCUGUAACUAGCACAACACUUGCAAGAAUAGUUUAUAUUCAACUGCAUUGUAUUCACUACUAUUAGACUGUUAAAAGCAUUGAGAGGCACGAACCAUUACGAAUGGUUGGAUGAGUAUGUAACUGAUGCUGGAACUUCCCAAAGACUGUUGCUGAAUGUGGCUUGAAUGAGUGAACGUGUUUAAUUUGGAGACAUUGUGUGUAUUUUUGAGUCCUGGCAUAGUAAGGGACUGAUGCUUGGCAGUGUCCCUCUGCACACAGAUGGUUGGCAACCCUCUUUCUGUGACCCCUCCUCCUCCUUUCCAUCCUUCCCCAGGCAGAAGGCCAUGUGUAAGUGCUUGAGCAGCCCACCCCAGCCCAUGCCUUCAGUUGAUUUCCUCUGAGGAGGAGCAGGUGCCGUCCAUCAACAAGCCUUGGCGUUGUACCACUCAGUCCACAAUGGCUGUCAAUCAAGAGAGUGCAGUGGACGACACAGUCUGGCUUGAAUCAGUGACUGGUGGCUCCUGUUCUUGGUAAAUUUUCCAAGGAUUUGGUCAGAGUGGUAAAGAACAGCAAAUAUGACAACACAUAUGAUAUCAAAAAACACUCCCACAGAUACAUCUUGCUGGAUUAAGAGUCCAAAUUUGCCUGGCUGAGACAGGCGGCAGGCAGACAAGGUAGAAUGGUGAUUCCUCCAGGAUAAGCCUGUGUCCUCGGUGGAGAUUAACCCUGCUGGAAAAUCAUUCCUGGAACACACACUCAUUAACCUAAUCUGGCAUUAGAGAGACAAGGACUCGUGAGAAGCAGACAGUUCCUGGGCAUCCCAACAUUGUACCAUUCCCCCUGCAGUGUCCACCAUUCGUCUCACUGUCAUACAUGAGUGUAUGCAUUAUGGUGCACGUUUGUGGUUAAAAUGUAGCAGUGAAAAAGGGACUUGAGACUUGGCGAGACACUGAGUGUGGUUGAGAAUGAGUGCUGUGCCUUACAGGUUGCUCGGGAUUAUACUGUCUUUAUGUUGACCAUAAGCAUCUAUCAGAUGUGGUGGUGACACAAGUCCUAAAAGGGAGAGUUUUAUUUCUCCAUAAGCAGGAGGGUAAGAGGAAAAAAGAAAGUUCCCAGGCAUUGUGAAAAGGGAGGAUGCUGAGAAAGUCGAGUGUUUCAUCAGUUAGAGGUCAGCCAGACCUUGUAAUCCUUUUUUUUUUUCCCCAUAGCUGAAGAGCCAUCCUCUUCUGUCUGCCAAAUUGGACAAGCGGCUGGUUGUGGCAGGCUGGGAGUUUUUAGAGCCCCAGUAAUGCCCCUCCAGCACCCUGGUGCAGCAGGUCACCAACAAAAUGAUAGUAAUCCACUCAGCAGGGUGGGCUAAUGGCUUCAACUGGCAUCAGGCACUGAACAAUUGAUCACCUUACCCUGGACACAGACUGACAUCCAUAAACAAUUUCAUAAUGGGUGUAUAAUGGCCCCAGAAUAGCAGGAUACUCACAGGGAAACACACAGGGUAAAGUGGGGCAUAACAUGCUCUGUUUUUACGUGCAUGUCUGACUUGAUCUGCUCUAAAAUCAAAAUCUGAAAGAAUUUGUCACAGUGCUGCAUUCUACAGUUAUGUUCAGGCGCUGCACUCCCCCCGGAGUUCUGAAAUCGAUGUGGGUUUGGGCUGGAGGCUGUGUAAUGCACCUGGCUGGUUUUGAUGGAUUCUCUCCAUACUGCAGUGGUGCACACUGAGCACAGAGCACUGUGAAAACCUAUUGAUCUCAAUCAGAGAGUGAGGGAGGAGAGCUUGUCUCCUCAUUGCAGAAAACUUCCCCUUUCGCUCAGCAUUGUAGAGUUUAUGAGGGGGAACUGCCAAGGUAGAAGGAAUACCUAAAAACUUGUUUGCUGUUGGAAUAAAAAAAAGAUAUAAAUGCAAGAGAUGUUUGAAGGCACAGUGUUCAUCUGUCAGAUCGCUGCGUGUCACACAUCAGUGCUCAUCCAUCACAGUUUGCAAAGGUCUACAAACUGGAGUUCAGCUGUGCCCAAUAAAGAAGAGAUUUGUUCUGUUAGUCAAAUAAUCAAUAUUUAAUGAAAAGAUGUUGGAAGAGAUUUGUGAAAUAAAAGCAGUUGGCAAACA